AUGUCAGAUUUCAAACGACAGAAGAUAGAGAAACCAGUAGCAAAUCGAUGUGAAUACAUAGUGACGAAGAAGAAUAAAACGAAACAAUGUGGGAUGAUGAGGAAGAAAGAAAAUAAAUAUUGUGCAGAACAUAUGAUUUAUGACACUAGUUCAUCAAAUACCAAAAGAAUUUCAUGCCCGUUAAAUCCAAAUCAUACUGUAUGGGAAACUGAUUUAAAAUUUCACCUUACAAAAUGCAAUGCGAAUCCCAAAGUUAACAAAAAUUCAUAUUUCGAGUUAGACAUCAAUUCCAAUUUACAAAAUUAUGAAGAGUUUAUGUUUGAGACUGAAUCAACCAGAAGAAAUGACCAACACUACCGAGAUAUACUAGACAAUUUAUCCUUCGAACCAUUGGACCUACACAUAUGUGAACAUCCUGGUCUUACCACACAACUAGAGCUGAAGACCUACAAGAAACAUAUCGUACAACAAUCAUCUUUAAUAGGAAAUUUGAAAAGAUUGGGUCUACUAUCUUCAGAGCACUUCUAUUUGGAAUAUGGCUGUGGUAAAGCCGAAUUGUCAAGGUAUGUUAAUCAAUGUAUUAUCUUUAAAAACGUAAAUGAUUUUAAAUCUUAUGGAUAUGGAUUAAUUGAUAGGGGUAAUAAUAGAAUGAAAGCUGAUUCAAAGAUAAUUCAAGAUUCGGAACCUUAUAAAUUCACUCCAAGGAUAAAACGAGCCAAGAUUGAUAUAAAAGAUCUAAAAUUAGAUGAAUUUCUUGAUAAUAUAAAGCCAAAGCAAAUAGUUGCAAUUUCAAAACAUUUAUGUGGAGCAGCUACUGAUUUGACAUUGAAACUGAUCAUAAAUUCGUCCAUAAUCAAAGAUAACCAAUUUAGUGGAAUACUAAUAGCUAUGUGUUGUCGACAUGUAUGCUCUGAUGAUCAAUUAUUACCUCAAUCUAAACAAUUCUUGUAUGAUCAUGGUUUCAAAUCCGUUGAUGCAUUCAAUCGACUUAAAAAAAUGGUUUCAUGGGCGGUCAAUAUCAAAGAAGAAAGAUCGAAAUCAGAUGCCAUCGACAAAAACGAAGAAAGCAAAGAAAAUGAAGGUAAAGAGGAUGAGCACAGCAAAAAUGAAGAUGAAGAGAGCUCUUGUUUAACAUCGGCACAAAGGUAUGAAUAUGGAUUAAAAGCAAGAAAACUUAUCGAUGAAAGCAGACUACAUGCAUUGAGGACUAUUCUAGGGGAUGAAUACGAUGUUAACAUAUUUUGGUAUGUUGAAUCAAACAUCACGAAAGAAAAUGUAUGCUUAUCAAUUACUAAAAAAAAUAGCAAAGAUAAAUAA